AUGAAGAGUUCAUGUCAAUUACCAAGGCAUCUUCGCAGGCCUGGUGAUGAUGGGUACAGGACACCAACCAUUGAAGAUGUGGAGGAGGAUUCCGCCUCGGCUGUGGCAUUGCCGCCAGAGUCGUUCGAUACUGAGUUAACGCCAGUGCCAACCGUCAUGUCACGAUAUCGUCGAAGCUAUGUCUCUCAGGCUGAUGGGCAUCAUCUUAACGGGGAUGAACGAAGGCCUUCCGUGCCGGGCGCAGACCAUUCUGUCACAGGCGCUUCCUUAGCCCUCGUUGACAGGGUUCCAACUAAGCUCUCUUGGAAAGAGAGAAUGAGGCACUUUACUUGGGCAUAUUUCACCCUGACCAUGGCAACAGGUGGUCUGGCAAACGUGCUCUACAAAGUUCCUUAUCGAUUUUCUGGUUUGGAUACCAUCGCCAUCAUAGUAUUCAUCACGAAUAUGGCACUAUAUGUGAUUAUAUGGGCAUUACUACUGCUGCGGUUUUAUCUGUUUCCAUAUACAUUCAAAGCGUCAUUUCUCCAUCCGACAGAGUCCCUGUUUGUUCCUGCGACUAUUGUGUCCUUUGGUACCAUCCUCAUCAACAUCGCGCAAUAUGGACCGUCCCACACGGGAAAGUGGCUCGAGAACGCCGUAGUUAUUCUGUUUUGGUUUUAUGCAGCCCUGGCUGUGGCAGCAUCUUCUGGGAUAUACCUUGUUCUAUGGUCAACGCAGACAUUCACCAUUGCUCAAAUGACCCCUAUUUGGAUAUUUCCUGCCUAUCCCAUGCUGAUCAUCGGUACACAUGCCGGUACGUUAAGCACAAAGUUGGCCCAGGAGAAUGCAUGGCGCAUCAUCAUUGGAGGCAACACCAUCCAAGGCGUUGGCUUUUUAGUGUCCAUGAUGGUGUAUUCCGCUUUUAUCUAUCGUCUGAUGACGCAAAAGCUGCCCAAAGAAAAUUUGAGGCCCGGUAUGUUUGUUUCUGUCGGCCCGAGUGCGUUCACCGUCGUAGGUCUUGUUAGCAUGGGAAGCAGUGCUCAUCGGGCCGUUCCGGAAGGAUUUCUGGGAGACGCGGCGCUUAGUGGAAAAAUUAUUUGCCUCACAGCUUAUUUCGCAUCCCUCUGGCUUUGGGGGCUCGCGAUUUUCUUUUUCUUCAUUGCGGUAUUCGCUCAUACUUCAACCGUCGGAAGCUCGACGAUGAUAUUCUCUAUGACUUGGUUUUCCUUUGUGUUCCCGAACACUGCCUUGGUGGCUGCUACAUUUGCAAUCGGAGAAGCAUUCUCAAGCCGCGCUAUAAAUAUUAUUGGUUGCGUGAUGACCGUCAUGCUGUUUUGCACGUAUUUCUUUGUCGUUUUUAUGAUGAUUCGAGCGAUUAAAUUGCGGCACAUCUUAUGGCCUCAGAAAGGUGAAGACAGAGAUGAAGGAGGAUUUAGGACCGUCGGCCCUCAUGGCCCCUCCAGCUAA